AUGAAGACUCAACAAUUCUUAGUUGGAGCAGCUCUCCUGAGCUCAUUGGGAGACUGCUUACCACAGAUUCUGAUCCCCAACAGAUCAACCGCCAAAGUAUCUAUCAUAACAGGUGGCGCAACACUUGGAGAUCCUUUCACACUUCCACCGGGCUUUAGUCUCCCACCCGGUGUUACACUUCCUCCAGGUUUCACUAUUGGGACUGAGAUAACAAGAUCCGGGACUUUGCCAGGCUUCACAUUCGGGACACCACCAGGGACAGUAAAUCCUCCACAUCCAACAUCCACGAAACGGCCGACAAGCUCAAGCAUCAAGACAACGUCUAGCACGAGCACAAGCACGACGUCGCCUCCUCCGCCAACGACGAAGAGCACGACCAGCACUACGAGCACGACAUCUUCAAGUACCUCGCCCCCUCCGACGCCAACGACUUCGAAAACAACUUCCACGAGCAAGAGCACCACCCCGCCGAUUACGCAGCCCCCUACGACGUCGAAAACUUCGUCGACGACCAAGACCACGUCUCCUCCAGUUACGACAACCGCCAAACUCCCCGCCUCGACCAACCCCUACAGCGCCGCUUGUCCCAUCCCCUCAACUUACACAAUCAACAACUUCAUCUCCUAUGAUGGACCAGGAGGCGAUGUAGCUUUUACCAUCAGCUAUGGUGACGGCGUAUUCACGUGCCCGAAUAAAUUCGAGCAUUCGACUUCGUCUAAUGGACGGUUUACUUUGGACUGUGAUGAUGACGGCUUGGUUAGAGUCGUGACAGAUGGAUUCUCGUAUGUUUAUGUAACGGAGAAGUUCUGGUGUGGGGAGGUACCAGGACCGGCGGGAUCAUAUGCCACCCUCCAAUCGUCAGCAAACUACACCUUCCCAGCUGAUACAUUGUUCUGCGACACAGACGAUAUCAACAUUCGCACCUGUCUCCAACUCGACCCCGACAUCGUCAUCCCAGCCCAAACUUACAGUGCAGGUGGCACAAUCUCGUUCACUCCUCUCGACACCGAAGGCAAUCCACUUCCCCAAUGCCCGACGGUCGUUUCGACGCAGCCGGUUGUGACUGAUCCGGCGACGUGUGGGGACCCUGAGCCCACGACGACGGGGAGGGGAACGACGAGUGUGAGGUUUACGCAGACGAGUACGGUGACUAUCAAUGUGUGA